AUGGCGCAAGAAGUCCGCAUCUGCGUCUGCGGCGACGAGGGCACCGGCAAGUCCAGCCUGAUCGCAUCGCUCGUCAAGGAUGUCUUCAUCACGAACAAGAUCCAGGCUGUGCUGCCCCAGAUCACUAUCCCGCCCAACAUCGGCACGCCGGAGAAUGUCACAACAACCAUUGUCGACACGUCUGCGCGCCCGCAGGACCGCACCACGCUGCGUAAGGAGAUCCGCAAGUGCAACGUCAUCUUGCUCGUCUACGCCGACCACUACAGCUACGAGCGCGUUGCCCUGUUUUGGAUGCCCUACUUUCGCUCCCUCGGCGUCAAUGUCCCCGUGGUUCUGUGCGCCAACAAGUCCGACCUGACCGCUGCAGCCACGGGUACGGCGGCCCCAGCCACGGGCCCAGCAGCGCCGUCGGGCGGUGUGCCAGCCUCGGGCGGCAACAGCCCCGGGAGCGACGACCAGCUGGCGCAGGUGCUCGAGGAGGAGAUGGUUCCUGUCAUGCAGGAGUUCCGCGAGAUCGACUCAUGCAUCCGCGCGAGCGCCCGCGACCACCGCAACGUCAACGAGGUGUUUUUCCUGUGCCAAAAGGCCGUCACCCACCCCAUCGCGCCGCUCUUCGACUACAAGGAGGGCAACCUCAAGCCCGCGUGUGUGGCCGCCCUCCGCCGCAUCUUUUACCUCUGCGACAAGGACCAGGAUGGCUACCUCAACGACCGCGAGAUGCACGCCUUCCAGGAGACGGCCUUCAACAAGGCUCUGUCGCCCGAGGACUUGGCCAGCAUCAAGCUGACGCUUGCCAAGGCCGCACGCGGCGGAGGCACCGACAACGGCAGCGGUCGCGCGGAUACGACGACCGGGUCUCGGCGAGGCGGCGGGCCUGCACGCGGGACCUCGUCUACGGCUGCUACAGGCUCGCGGCCCGUGUCCAGCAACGGUAGCAGCAGCACGCUCGGGCGCAGCGCGGCUGCUGCGUCGGCGUCGGCGUCGGCGUCAGCGGCGGCCUCCGAACUCGUCGACCGCGGCAUUGACCUGGCGGGAUUCCUGCAGCUGAACCGCAUCUACGCCGAAAAGGGCCGCCACGAGACCAUCUGGGUCAUCCUGCGCCAGUUCCACUACACCGACAGCCUGAGUCUUGCAGACAGCUUUUUGCACCCGCGCAUUGACAUUCCCGACUCCGCCUCUGCCGAGCUCAGCCCUGCCGGCUACCGCUUCUUCAUGGACCUCUUUUUGCUCUUUGACAAGGACAACGACGGCGGGCUCAACGACGAGGAGCUCGCGGCGCUGUUCGCGCCCACCCCCGGCCUGCCCGCGUCCUGGGUCGAGGCCGACUUCCCCGCAUCCACCGUGCGCAACGAGGCCGGCCACAUUACUCUGCAAGGCUGGCUGGCCCAGUGGAGCAUGACGACGUUCCUGGAGCCCAAGACCACGAUGGAGUAUCUGGCCUACCUGGGAUUCGAGGCACCCGGCGCCAAGGGCCUCGCUGCCGGCCCCACAGCUGCGUUCAAGAUCACCAAACCGCGCAAGCGCCGCCGGCGUCCGGGCCGUGUGGACCGCAACGUCGUGCUGUGCUACAUUGUGGGUGCACCCGGUGCUGGCAAGUCGUCGCUGCUCGAUGCAUUCUUGGGCCGCCCCUUUGACCCGCUGCACCGCCCCACCAUACGGCCGCGCCGUGCCGUCAACAGCGUCGAGCUCGAGGGCGGCAAGCAGUGCUACCUGAUCCUCGAGGAACUCGGCGAGCUCGAGCCCGCCGUGCUCGAGAACCAGGCCCGCCUCGACCAGUGCGACCUGCUCUGCUUUGCCUACGACUCGUCCGACCCGGACUCGUUCAGCCACCUCGUCGAUCUGCGCAACCGCAACGGCCAUUUGCUCGACGAGCUGCCGGCCGUCUACGCCGCGCUCAAGGCCGACCGCGACAAGACCACCCAGCGCAGCGAGCAGCAGCCCGAUGCCUACACGGCGGCGCUGCGGAUGAGUGCCCCGCUGCACGUCAGCGCCACCUGGGAGAGCAUCAGCAAUCUGUUUGUGUCGCUGGCCGAGGCCGCCACCACCCCCAGCCUUGCCUUUCCCAAGAGCGAAGAGCCCGCCGCCGACCGCACCAGCCUUUACGUGGCCCUCGGCGCCGUGGCAUGUGCCGCCGCUGCCGCCUUUAUCAUAUGGCGAAGGUCGACCAGCCAGGCAUGA